AUGAUGAAUAGUUUUCGUAUUUUGUUUUUGCUUGGUUUUCCACUACAAGCGCUAUGUUUUUAUUUAAACAAACCAAUAAACCAAAGACCAAACAUAGUACUGGUUAUGUCAGAUGCUUUUGAUGGAAGAUUAACAUUUCACCCUGGAAAUAAAGUUGUCCAGCUCCCUUAUAUUAAGUACAUGACACAGAUGGGUGCUGUUUUCUUCAACUCAUACACCAACUCUCCUAUAUGCUGUCCUUCAAGGGCAGCUAUGUGGAGUGGGCGUUUUGUCCAUUUAACUCAAGCCUGGAACAAUUACAAAUGUCUUGAUCCCAAUGUCACUACAUGGAUGGACCAUCUGCAGAAAGCCGGGUAUCACACACACAGCAGGGGAAAACUAGAUUACACAUCAGGAGGCCACUCAGUCAGUAAUCGUGUGGAGGCAUGGACGAGAGAGGUACCGUUUCUACUGAGACAGGAGGGACGUCCUGUAACAGACCUGAUAGGUGAUGCAUCCACUGUUAGGGUUAUGUCCAAAGACUGGAACACCACAGACAGUGCCGUGCAGUGGAUCAGAAAGAAGGCUACAUCUCUCUCAGAGCCAUUUGCCUUGUAUGUAGGACUGAAUCUGCCCCAUCCAUAUCGAACUGAGAGUCUGGGUUCCACUGCUGGAGGCUCCACCUUUCGCACUUCACCCUACUGGCUCAAAAAGGUUUCUUUAGAGCAAGUUUCCCUGCCAAAGUGGUUGCCGUUUUCAGAGAUGCACCCAGUGGAUUAUUAUUCCACUUUUACCAAAAACUGCAGUGGCAAUUUCUCCGAGGAGGAAAUCAGAGACAUCCGAGCUUCUUAUUUUGCCAUGUGUGCUGAAACAGACAGCAUGCUUGGUGAAGUGAUUGGUGCUCUCAGAGACACAGGCUUAUUAAACAACACAGUUUUGAUUUUCACCUCUGAUCAUGGAGAUCUGGCCAUGGAGCACAGGCAGUUUUAUAAGAUGUCCAUGUUUGAGGGCAGCUCUCACGUUCCUUUGCUCAUGGUGGGGCCAGGGAUUAAACCAGGACAUACGAUCAGCUCUCCUGUCUCGCUUGUAGACUUGUAUCCUUCAGUACUUGAUUUUGCAGAUGUUCCAAAACCAGAAGGAUUAAGUGGUUCCUCUUUGGUCCCUCUGGCCUCACAGACUAGUAAUAAUUCGUCCAACUCACAUCCUGGUUGGAUACUGAGUGAAUAUCAUGGCUGCAAUGCUAAUGCUUCCACUUACAUGCUGAGAAUGGACCAGUGGAAAUACAUUGCAUAUUCAGAUGGUUUGAGUAUUCCAUCUCAACUCUUUGAUCUAUCUAAGGAUGAAGCUGAGCUAAAGAAUGUGGCAUCCCAUUACCCUGAUGUGGCACAGCGGCUGGACAAACUGUUGCGUUCAGUGGUGGAUUACCCCAGCGUCACCCAAACCGUCCGCCAAUACAACAAGCAGCAGUUUGUGCAGUGGAGGCAGAACCUUGGUAACAAUUACACACAAGUCAUUGCCAACCUGCGCUGGCACAACGACUGGCAGAAGAACACAGAGUAUAAUGAGAAAGCUAUCGAGGACUGGCUUAAAGUUUUUAAGAGACCUUGAACUUCACAAGUUCAAGACUAAAGACUUGCAGUGCAAAUGCAGCUGAUGUUAUUGUAAAUUUCUUGUCUGUUACGGAUGGGAUUGGGAGUAAAUAUCGAAAUAGCUUGCCGAAUAUACACAUUUCCAGUAAUUUAGUUGUUUCUGUUAUUGCAUAUUUCAUAUAAGGAACUGUUAUUAAAACUUUUUUUUAAAAGUUUAAAACAUUAUUUUAUUGUUUUUUUAAAUUAUUUUAUAGACUGGAUUUAAAAGACUGAUAAAAGUGAUAAUAAAAGUGACUUGUCUAGAUCCUAAUGCAUCUAAGUAUCCAUAAUGUUAAAUUGCCACUGCCAUAUUUGACUGGUAAUUAUAAUGCUGUUCAAAAAGUGCCUUUUAACAAAAAGGGGGAAAAAAAGAAAAACUGGAUGAAAAAACUGGUUUUGGGGGAUUAUGUUUUGUUUAAUCAUUUUCAAUAAUCUUCUGCAAUAAUAAAGUCAAUACAGCAAGGGCAAUUACUACUUCACACCACUGCUGAUUGCACGAUUAUGGCCCUUAAUUAUAGGUCAAAGUCAAGUGCAGGUCAGAGAGUACACUACACUGAUUCAUGAUUCAUGUUGUUCAGCAUUAAAACAAGUUCUGAUUUUA